CUGACGAGGACGCCAUCCGACCUCCACAUGAUUAACACUUCAGCAAAAUGCACACGUGGAAUGCCACGUGUAGAAUAAAAAAAUGUUGGUCAAACAAUUAGUCCAUAAAAAAUGUAAGAUAAAAAAUAAAAAUAAAUUAAAUAAAUAUUUUUUAUUUUCUCUCUUCCAUCUCUCUUCUUCCCCAUCCCUUCCGGCCAAAACUCUCUGUUCUUCAAACUGUCUCGAUUCUUCCAUCACCACUGGAUUCUUGCCGGAGCUCUUCUCCCUCUCCUUCUACUCUCUCCACCUCGCCCCACUCACCCUGCCGACACUGCUUCUUCCUCCCAAAUCUCCACUCCAACAACAUUCUAGAUUCAAAAUGCACCCAACCCCCAAACCAAGAUCCUUGACAAGACGAUUUCAGAUCUAGCGGAUGGAGACCAGACGACGACCAACUGCUCUCGUCGUCAUCAGAUUGGUAUUGAAGCUGCUGCUGCUUCUCGGCGGAAGGAAGGGUUGGAGGAAGGCGACGACGGCGGCAGGAGAGUGGGUGAGGUAAAUUUCAGAGGUGGGUUCGGCGACUGCUAGAUGGACGGGUGAUUGGGUUUUUCUGGGUUUUUUCUUGUCAUUAUUGCGCACCGACAUCGACCCGGCGGAGUAUUUUUGGCGGAAGAAGCAGCGCGCCUUCCAGUUCUUGCGCCAUUAGGAAUACAGUCUCGAUUGUACCGCAUGGUUGGAGGGCGGCGGGAAGCGGAGAUCUAGGGUUUUGGACGAGCAGUGAUAAAGGCAGUGACGGUGGGUGGUAUAGAUCUAGGGGGAGAUUUACCUAUUAGUGGUGUAGAAGAUGGCGGCAAAGACGGCGAUUCCGGCCACGGCAGUGACGGCUACAACAGCAGCAGGUGAGGAAGCAGAGUGGGAACCACCCGCCGUCGUCAACGCCCAGGGGUUCUGCAAUUUCGGCUCAGUUCCAGAUCGGGUUCUUCGUCCUGGUUUGAUGAAAUCCGUUUCGUUUCUCACCACCGACCAUCCCUCUGUAGAUGAACAAGCAGGUUGCUGCUCUUUGCCUCUGUUUUGAUCGGCGAGAAAAACAGAGAGGGUGGUGAUAUAUCUCUGCGUCCCUCACUCUCGUCGACCUCGAAAUCCUUCAGCGCAGCAGUACCUCUGCCGAGAAGAAACAAGCAGGUUGCUUGACCUUCUCCCUCAUCUCGUCGUGCUUUUGACUGGCUUUCGAUUAGUUUAUCCUUCUUUGUGCUUACCGCUGCUUCCGAUUCGUUUCCAAUUUCGGCGGCGACUGGUGAGGAGAUGAAGAAUUGGCCCCGAAUUUGGGGUCUCCAAGAACCUAAAUGAGCAUUUUGAUUGUUUGAGUUUUUUUUGCUUUUUUUUAACCCACAUGGACUUUAACUGACGAAAUGUCGCCAGGUCAGCAUUUCCGUCAGUCUAGUCAGAUGGUUAAGUAACACCGUUAAAAUGAUGGACGGAAUUGGCUAUUUUGGGUUUUCGAAUAGUUCUGGCUAUAUUUGUCAAAAUCGUGAAACUUAUGGCUAUACAAGUGUAUUUUGCCUAAAACUAUAACCGAGUGUGAAGCCAAAAGGAGGCAUGAUCCUUCAAUAUAGCCUUUGCCAUUAGAUGUUUUGUUGCUGGUUCCUCCAAGCUGUCUCAUUAUACACGUAGGCUUUUCGGCAUACCGCAUCAAAUUAAGAGUCUACACCAUAGUACAGUGCACAACCAAAUGCACUUCCCUUGCUGGUUUUUUUCUGCAGACCUGCACAUUUCCACAUUCCGAACAUCGAUAUUUUGAAUACAACAAGAUUUUUUCU